AUGUUUUAUCAAUCGGUUUUACUCGCUGUAGCCGUUUUGGCACAGCUUUCGGCCGCUGGAACAAGUUUUCUAGCGAUCAACUCGCAGCGGUACCAAGAAGCUUUGAAUGACGACAAAAUUGAAUCCUGGGCCCAACUGUCAGAUUUGGGUAACGCAAAUGAGCCUCUAGUAUGUUUCAGGUUUGCUCAGUUUGAUUUAUUGGCGCAAAUUGCGCGGUCUUCUGCAGAGACCAGAUUUUUGCCUACGUUUUUUGAAGACUCCGUAACCGAUGUAUGGAACGACGAUUCUUUGUCGGCGACUUCGGAAAUCACUAAGAGUGCAAUCGUUGAGGUUGGGCAGCUUUCGGAGCUCGUCAUCCCUUCGCUUUAUAGCAAAAUUGAUGACAACGAUGCCGUCGUUCUUUUUGAAUUUACGGAGCCUUCGUACGACUUGGAGCGUUUGGACGAGUAUUUGGAGACCGUAUACUUGUUUCUUGAGGAAGCUUUGCCAAACAUUGAUAAUUUGGUUAUCCAAGUGCCCUCUGUUGGCGAGACUUACACCAAAAGUUCUGCUAAGACUUCUGAGGUCGAAGUCUCCGAUCCAGAGAAGAAUCCUGGCAAAGACUUACCAGCUGGAGACGGCAGGAAAGUAAACGCUUUGUGGACCGAGGGCUUGAUAAGUUGUUUGAUCGUUGCUGCUCUGCUGUUGUCCAUUUUGGUUACUGCCAUAUCUUGGAUUACAAGCCUCGAAAUCAGCUACGGUGCCUUAGAAAGGCCAGCCAACCCUCUCAAGAAAAACAACUGA